AUGUUUGCACUGCUUGAAUGUCACCAGGACCACUCAGGCCUGGAGUCUGUAAGCACCAUCUCCUCUAACACCUCCAGCUCCUUCUCGAGUGAGGAACUGGAGUUGAGAACAGGAACAGUGGUGACUGGUACAGGCACGAGGAGCUGUAAAGCUGCGUUUUCCAGACAACAGACACCCAUAGCUGAAAUCAGCACCCUGGUGGGCUGCCCUGUGGCAUGGCCCCAAGGGUUAGAAGAUGACAGGUCCAAGGCUUUCAUUGGAGAGGAAGCCUUGCUUUACCCUGACACUGAAAUUGAGCUGAUGCAGAACAGCAUCAUCAUCAAUUGGGAAGCAGCCGAAACCCUAUGGCAGCAUCUGUUCAAACAUGAGCUUCAGGUUCCCCCUGAGGAGUAUGCGCUGCUCACCACCGAGCCCCCACCCAGCCCCACCACCCACCGAGAGAAGAUGGUGGAGGUGGAGUUCAAGUCACUGGGCUCCCCCGGCCUCUUCAUCGCCCACCAGACUGUCCUUUCCACCUAUGCCCAGGGCAGAAGCAGCAGUCGGGUGGUGGACACAGGCUACGCCGUCAGCCAUGCCGUGCCAGCCCAUGAGGGCUAUGGCUCAGCACGUGACACCGAGAGGAUGGAUCUGGUGGCAUCAUGCCUCUCCUAGUACCUGAUGACACUUUUGGGGGAAGUGGGGCACAUGCUUAGCAACGAGAUGGCCCAUACAGUGGAAGACAUCAAGCACAAGUGCUGCUGCAUUGCUUCCAACUUCAAGAACGAGUGCCAGCUCCCGCCAGCCAGCUGCCCCCUGGAUUUUCCCCUGCCCAACGGCUGGACCAUCAGCCUCAGCAAGGGGAGGUUUCAGUGCCCAGAAGUGCCCUUCAACUCUCUGCCAAAGUAG